CAUUGAGUUGGUAAGUGGAAGGAUGGUGCUGCUCAAGAAGCUCAUGGGCACGGCACAGGAUAUAUGGCGUAUGCGCCGCAUGCCCGCUCAAGUGCGCGCUAAGGAUACGCGACUAGCAUUUACUGACAUUAUUGGUGAGGACAGCCAAAAGGGUCGCUGGCUGCGUACCGGUCCCAUCCUGGAGUUGAUGGACGUGCUGGCUGGGACCGUCUCAUCGCGGGUAUCACUAGGACCUACUGCCACUAUCUCGUUCGACCGUGUGGACUUGGUCAAGCCCGUGUUUCACGGCGACUUGGUGCGCGUAGAGGGCGAAGUUAUCGGUCUCAGCAACUCGUCCAUGGCUGUACAGGUUAGUGGCUAUCGCCAUGAUGUUCCCACUGGCACGUUCCAGCACACACACGACGCUAUUAUCACGAUGGUGGCCAUUAAUCGCUUCGGGCGACCUAGGAAGGGGCUCCCGCAGCUCUUUGAUGCCGACCAAGCCGACUACUGUCUCAAGAUGAGGGAGCUGGCUAAUCAACGCAAGAAGCUCGCAAAGCGAUGGCAAAAAGAACAAGAAGCGGUGGAUAACAUUCCCUUCAUACAGAGCAACGACCUGCUGCCCGGAGAGACCAAGCAAGAGUACGUCUCCGUGAGCGAGACGGAGAUCGAAGUGCGCAAUUGGUUCUUGCCGCGUAACCUCAACAUCAAUGAGACGGUCUUCGGUGGAGAUUUACUCGCUUGGAUGGACCGAGCCGCCUUGUACUGUGCUGAGAACUUUACGAAGUCCGAGAAAAUGGUGACUAUUGCUAUGAACCGUGUGCUGUUCAAGCUACCGAUCUCGAUCUCGGAUAUCGUCACUGCACGCGCCCGUGUCGUCAACGUUCGUCGUUAUCGUCUCGAGGUUGAGGUUGAGGUGUUUAUUCAGUCGGUUGUAGACGGUGGCGAACGCAAGUCCCACAGCGGCUACUUUACGGUACUGAAUCUGGAUGAAAAGGACGCGUUCAAACCGAUCGACAAGGGGCUCAAGAUAGACGAGGACAACCAACGUGAGAUGCGGAUGCUGAUGAAAGCUCAGAAGCGUCUGGAGUUUGCCGAAGAAGACAAGAACCUGCACUCAUUGAAGACGCUGGAACCUCGCCUGUGAUUUUGAAGCACCACCCACCA